AGCGGCGGGGCCGCCUCCUCCUCCUCCUCAGCGCCCAGACAGCGGCGGCCGAGCGGGAUUCCCGGCGAUGGCUGAGCUCAAGUCGCUGGGCAGCGAGGCGUACCUGGCGCUGGCCCCGGGCUACGGCCCCUCGGCUUUCGCCUACGGGGCGGUGCGCGGGGGCGCCGAGGGCCCGCGGGGCGCCUACCCCGGGGGCGGCGGGGCGGACUUCCACGGCGGGGCGAUGGGCAAGUCCGCGGAGAGCAGCGGCGAGCAGAGCGGCGACGAGGAGGACGGCUUCGAGGCGGGCGUGAAGGGCGGUGCGGGCUUCGAGCGAGAGGGCAAGCUCAAGGGGGGAGCCCUGGGCAAGAAGCCCAAGGAGCAGCGCUCGCUGCGCCUCAGCAUCAACGCGCGGGAGCGGCGGCGGAUGCACGACCUGAACGACGCGCUGGACGGGCUGCGCUCCGUCAUCCCCUACGCCCACAGCCCCUCGGUGCGGAAACUCUCCAAAAUCGCCACGCUGCUCCUGGCCAAGAACUACAUCCUCAUGCAGGCGCAGGCCCUGGAGGAGAUGCGGCGGCUGGUGGCCUACCUGAACCAGGGCCAGGCGCUGAGCGCCCCGCUGCCCGCCACCCUCAACCCCUUCGGACAGUCGCCCGUGUACCCCUUCGGCGGCGCGGCCGUGCCCGGCUGCCCCGAGAAAUGCACUGCCUUCACAGGAGCCGCCUCCGCCCUCUGCAAACACUGUAACGACAAGCCUUGACUUCUGCCUUCUUCGGGCUUUUCCUUUUUUUUUGUUUUUUUGUUUUUUUUUUUUUUUUU